GACCUUUCAAAUUGUCUUCCGUUAGUCCUGCAAGAGAGUCGUCUCUCCCGAGACAGCCGGUCGGGAAACCGGCGGAAAUGUGAUGACAGAAGGAAUCUUGUGAGAAAGAGAUUAAGUCUGAGGCAAAUGUCUAGCGGAAAAUCGGCGAGCGGCAUCGCCACCUUUGGGAAGAAGGAGUACGACGACUAUCAAAGAUUUCUCUCGUCGAAGAAAGAAUGGCCCGGCAUCAGGGCUGCUUCGCGAAUGACGUUGAACACAUCAAUGCUCAUCAUGGAGCUGUACCGACUAGUACCCUACAAGGAGGGUCGCUAUGUGCAAUUUCACCCAUUCAACAUGCCUCUGAUUAAAAUUCGUAGGAUCGAGAUAGUCGGGAUCGUCAUGAACGUUAAGCGCAAUCUCAAUAAUCUAUUUCUGACCGUUGAGGAUGGGACGGGAGUGGUGCAAGUUAAUUACAAAUUGGACCAAUACAUGUUUGAGGUGAAGCAACGGCAGGAGAUCGAUGAGAAGUACAGGAAGCAAGCUGGAAAUUUGAGGACCAACGAGACAAUAGUGAACAAAAGCGGUCCGAAGAAAUUUCCCGAGACACGUCCAGAAUUCCGCUAUCCACGUGAUGUGUCUCUACACGAUAUGGCUGUCCUGGAGAACGAGUGGUGGCUGGAAACGAACGGUGGUUUGUCGGGCAAAGAAAUCCAGCCGUUCGACUACGUACACGUCACCGGAUUCCCGUGUCUGGACACGAAGUUCCAAAAGAUACCGGAACAAAUUACGGAGGAGUUUAUCGAACACGCAAGAAUGACCGUGUUCGCGGUGUCCGUCGCGUGCAUCUCCGAGGAGAUGUACAAUAAGAAGUUACUAACGUGGAUAGGCACCACUGUUCGCCAAAGGUACACGGAGAAUAAAGGCUGUACCGCGAAGAAUAAGUGGUGAAGCUUGCGAGAAUUAUAUUCAAACCAUGUAUUUUUAAAGAUUUUUAUAUAUUAUAUUAAAUACUGUUAUAUUGCCAAAAACAAGUUUAUUCAAAGUUAUGGGAAUCUUCCUCGAGGUCUGACACACAAUAUUGAAUUCCAUGCGGAGUUGCAGCAGCAGUUUCAAUCUCCAUUCACAAGCCUGUACCAUCUUUUUUUUCCCAUGCCUUUUUCCAAAGCAUCCAAGCACACUAUCCGCAUAUAUUUUACGUUGAUUGUAGAAAGCGCGGCAGAGGCAAGAGGCGGCUCGAGAAUCUCUGAAAAUCUAAACGAGAAUUUACGGGCCGAAUGCGAGAAAGAGUGCCUAGUGCGGACCGUUCUUGACAGAUGCCGCCGCUCAUCCGAUUCCUAGCCUUUCGGCUUCAAGCACU